AGGUCUUUCGUUUCCACCGUUGAAGCAGUAUAUUGUCGCGUUUCCUUUACCUUUUCGCUGGUUGUCUACUUCCAGCAGUUCACGCAUUGCAUAUAGUUUUUCCUCGUUCUCGAAGACAGCAUGAUACACUGAUUUUUAGUUUUCGUCAUCGCGAAAGCUUUUUGAGUCCUGACUGGUCCUAAAUAAGCCACGACCCAGCUGCUAGUAGUUCUUUUCGCGGCGUGCUGCACAGGUUUUUUUUUUGGAGUUAUAAGCAGCGCACUUUCAUCAAGUUGUCACAAGCCCAAGAUGCGGAAUUUUCUUCUCCACACCCUGUGCUCGGUGGGUGGCAGUACGGUUCUUGCGCGGCGAGCAAACAAACCACUGCCGACCGGUAUGGGAGUGUCAGGAUUGAAAUCGACAGAGUUGAAAUAACUUGUAAUGCAUAAAAUCGAUACCAGUUGGAAGCCCAAUUUCUAAGCGGCGCAUGACAAAUUUCGGCACCGUCUAGAUCCAGUCUGUCAUGCUGCUUAGAUAGGGACAGAAGGCGCCUUUUGUCAUGCUACUUCGGCAGCUCUAUCGCAGACCCCAAACACGCUGACAGUCGGCCUCACUUGCCAUCCCUGCAAGAGAGGCACUCCAUGCUUUGCAAUUUAUGCAUGAGAAAUUAUUUCAACUUUGUCGAUUUGAAUCCUGACACCUCCAUGGCCGGCCUGCAAACGCCGACGUCAAGCAGUGAAACCAGCACCACGCCAACUAGUGCCUAUGAACUGCAAAUAUGUCUGGGUCUGGAAGGAUCCGAACUUGUGAUGCGUGUUUCGGAUCCUACAAAGAUCUGUGAUGCAUAAACGUGCAAAAGGUGCCCACUUCUGGCCAUGCUGAGAAGGCAUUUCUCAUGCAGAAUACGCAUCAACAAGGAGCUGCAGAACCUGUGAUGCUAGGCCCUGCAUUCCCGACGUGGGGGAGCUUGGAAAAACUGCAUGACAAAUCUCGGAGUCUCCCAGACCCAGACAUUUUUGCAUUUGAUAGUGCCACCCCGCCAACGAAAGGCGCCGGCGGGUCAUCUUCCUCAAAAAGCAAAACGACCGGCGAAGGAGCAGUAGAGCAGCAUCGUGAUGUGCUGGAACAACUGCAGCCGGGAGUAGCAGGAACUACAGGUCGUGGGGAAGCCGCACCUGCUCCGUCAGCUUCCUCCCGAAGACACCACGUGGCGAAUCCAAAGCCGAUUCGCACACCGUCGCCGGAUGAGCGUGGAAGAGGACGGCCGCCAGGAGGAGCGAAUAGGGUCGUGAAAGAAGAUCAUUUUGGAGCCGCUAAUUCCGCAGGAGCCCCUUUGCGGGGACCACUACACCAAGCUACGACGGCUUCGUCCACGACUUCGGGAGAGCAAACCCCGCAACAGCGCGGGAGGCAACGCGGUUCGGCGGGGAAAGGGUAAAUGUAGGAUAGUAGGGUUAAAGUGUGUAGAAGAAAUAUUCUUUCUCCGUUUAUUUCAUUUUUGCCUGCUAAAGCACUGCUGCUGGGGCGCGAUUCUUUGCGCUUUGCUUCAUAAGUUUUUAAAUGCCUCAAGACCCCCCGGGGAACAAAAUGUUGACGUCAAAUAAACAGUUCGGCACCGCAAGCCGCAUGGAACGCGACCCCAAAAGCGCGCACAAGCACGGGUGCAAGUACGUGGACCUCCAGCCCCAAAGCGGGCGGAAAUAAAGGCGCAACUACGACUCGGCCUUUGCUUCAGGAACACGGCGAACCUGGUGACGCGGAGCAAUGGCCGUCCCUCGGCGGAGGCUUGCCGCGGCAGCAGCAUGCUGCCGGGCCCUCUGGUGGUCGGAGGUCCCCGGCCAGCAGCAGCACCACGACCAGCGCCGCAAACACGCCAGCAAACCGCGGCCGGGGAAGGACUACCGCGUGGAGUACGGCGGCGUCAGCAGGCGGAACCGGAAGGUCCUCCACCGCUUAUAAAAACAACCACGACGAGCAUAUUGUAGCUCCGACCACCAAGGAAGAGGAGCACGCGCUGCUCGAGCAAGCGCAACGCGAGUCCCAGCGCGAUUAUCUGAUGCAGGAGCUGAGGGACUUUAACGCCGCGAUAGCCCGAGAACUCGGUGCGGGCCAACAACAGAGACAACUCCAGCAGCAAGUAGGGGGAAUAGCAUCAAAUGUUAAUAAUUUGCCGACCGCUUCUUGGGCGGCCUCAAGCCCAGUAGAGCACCACAACGCGGUGCUCCUUGCGGAGCAGGUCAAAAACGCGUGGACGAGUACACCAACAAUGGCCCACCAACAGCAGAUGCAGCUCUCGCCGCAGAGUAUUGCAACGCAGCCACCGCUGUUGCAGCCCAGUCCCCACCACGCGGGAUCUUCGUUCCCGGAGCAGUUUGCCGGCAUGCUGCAGUCGCCCUCGUUACAGGGGCCCGGAGGAAUUACAUCAACCGGUCAUCUCAUGGUGCCCUCUCCGGCGGCGCAGGCGCAGGAUUUCCAGCAGCAGGGAGGAAUCAUACAGCAAUCCCUUUUGCAGUACGCGGCCAACAGUGCGGAGACGACACCUCAAAAUGCCGGGCGCAUGAUGAGUGGCGCAUCUCCCGCGGGGGCUGGUGCCCAGAUGCAGUUCGCACAGAGUCAGCAGCAAAUGGCGGCCGCAGCAGCUGCACAACAGCUUCAGGGCCAACCGCAGCAAAGUUCUUACCAGGUGCAGACCUACGUGGCGAGCCCGGUGGCGGCGGGUAACGGGAACAUUGUGCCCGUUUUUAUGCCCAUUGCCGCGAUGGAAAUGGCAGCGGGCAUUUCUAGUACUACAACCAUGGGAGUUGUAGACCAGCAGCAGCAGCAGGAUGUGAUGUACAACACGCCUCAGCUGCAGCAACAGAUGGCACAACAACAACAGCCACUCGCGUCGUCGAACAAUGUUAAUGUGCAACAGUCCUACGAGCAUUUGCAGCCUACUUCGCCGCACAUGCAGCCGCAACCGGCUAUAGGCCCGUACGGAACUACUAGUGGCGCACCGUCAACUCUACUGCCAAUGCAGAUGCAGCUACAACAACUUCCCAGCAGCAGCGCGACGAGCCACGGCGCGAUGGGAACUGUGAUGCAGCUGGACCAAUCCUCGCCCGCGUCAAGCUCGUACGCGGGCAACACACCGAUGCUUUCCAUGCAGCCAGACCCGCUGUACGGCGGACCGGUGGAUUUUGCGCUGAAUGGGGUUGUCAUGGGCAGCACCAUCCACUCUGACUGUACCACGCCUUCCCUGGGACACAAAUCGGGCGACAGCUGCGCACUGGGACCACCUUCCGGAGGUGGCGGGCUGGGGUCCGGUCAGGAGCUGCAGGCCAGUUCAUCGGCGAAGGAGAAGACCAUUCAGGAUAUCACUCCCCCCGUAGUGGACCUCGGCAACUACGAGACGGAGCAAGGUUUCAUGCUGGGUGAUCUGGAACAACCUCUGUCCCGGUCUUCUGUCCGCUCCAGCGCGGGGAUGAAUCUGUUGCUGCAAAACAGCGGGGUUGCGGCCGGAUUCGCGCCAUCUACAGCUACAACCGGUGGUGCCGGAACAUCAACCUCAAAGCAGAUCGCGUCCACCUCUCGGACAAGCAGCAAGCACCAGGUUUUCGAUGGAACACCACCAGCAGGCAGCACUUCAGAGCUCCUGCAAGAAGUAGACCAUUCCUCCGGGCAGAACAGCGGGGGGAAACAAACCUCUUCCGGCGGUUCGGUUGCCGCCGUGGACGCGCGACUCAGCCAGAAUUUGACGUCCAAUUUUCAGGUGGACGACGUGGUCCGCACGCUGCGGGAGAACCAGGCGGCGACGACGCAGAAGGAGCGCAUGUACAACGACCGGGUAGGUACGUUAGAGGAGCAGGAGCAGGCCUUGAUCCAGCAAAUGCAGAAGCUGCAGCUGGAGAAGGCGGAAGCCAUCGCGCAAGCGGACCGGGCGGCGGCCGUGAACGAGCGGUUUACGGACAAAAUCGCCAUGCUCAUCGACGGCAAGCAGGACGAGGAGGAUGCGCAGAUCGCACGGCAGCUCGCGGAAGGAAAUCACCAGCAUGAGCCUGCUAGUGUGUCUGCAGCUGGCGUUGUUCCUGCAAACGAAACAAAUGAGAGCACCACCCUGAAUGUUAAAAAUCAUUCAGAAACCAGUCGAACAACAGCUGCGGCGACCGGCAUAACCAGCAGUAAAGGUGAUGGCAAGAAUUAUGCCACCGCGUCUUCUACAACUUCUGCGAGCGGAAUGAAAACUAGUGUGGCAGUGGGAGCCCCCACAGCUUCUCCUUCUGCAGUCGGGGAAAUAAAAGCGGCAGUAGCUCCGUCUAUAUCCUCCUCGUCAACAUCACAGAAGAAUGCACUAGCGAGAACAAUCUCUGCAGCGGUUCAUCCCGUUGCUCCCCAGACCGACGUGGCCUUCGAUCUGUUGGUAGAGCAGGUCAAGCGCGAGGAAAAGCGCAACCCGCGCGCUGUCUCCAUGUUCCCCGCAUUGGGGACGGACCGUCCGAUGUGCGUGCAGGGUACAUACCACCACGAAAUCACCGGGCUAUUCGAGGAAGGCACGGUACUAAGUACAUUAGCCCUACAGUAGUUUUUGUGAAAAAUGAUAAAGUAAGCAGUUGGAUUUUAAUAUUCUGCAUCGUUGGUGAAAGCCGCCACGACCUGCUGGUCACGAGUAUAGCUGCUGCUCCCGCUGCAAAUUUCACGUUGCUAUUUUAAGUGUAAAUUAUAUAUGACAUGACGAAUGAAGUACACAACAAGACCAAGAUCAAGACCCAGUAAAAUAAACAUAUUGAAACUACAGGUUUGGGUUUUCGUGCAGCUCGCCGAACAUCCGUUAUUCGGGAGCGUGAAUAGCAGCCGGGAACCGCAAUACCAUGCGAAGUAUGAGGCUUGGCUCGAGGCAGGUAUCCAGCAACAUCAGCAGGACCUUAGUUCGAGCGUGUUGUACUGCCGCUAUUUGAUGUCCUAUAAUUUUUUCGAGCGUGUUCAUAAAUAUAAAUGUGAUGCUGCCCUAGUUCGUUCUGAUUCCAGUCGACAAGCACAAUGUACUUACAUCCAUAACUGGUCUUGAAAUGGUGUAUCGUCCACCCGAUGGACAUGAUCAUCUAUCAGCUCCGUAGUGUGAAUAUGUAAUUACUUAAAUUUGUGAGAAACAACAUCAACGACACAACCCAGGCCCGAGCGCGGCGUCGCGCCGAGAGCCGCUCACCGUCGCGCAGUCCGGUGACACGCGGAAGGAGGGCGAGCUGAAAUUCCGGUUCCGGUGGUUCGGCACGGAAGCGGAGGUGAAACUUUCGGAGCAGCUUAUCAAAUGUAAAAAUGUCUGGGUCUGGAAACUUGUGAUGCUGUGUGGCGUAUCAUGAGGAGGCCACAAUUGCUGGCUCAGCAUGACAAGUUUCUGAGGAGCUUCUAGGUGUUGCCUAUUCUGCAUGACAAACUACGUUUCUGCAUGACAGAAAAGUGGGGCUCUUUGGUAAUGUGCAUGACAGAUUUAAGAGUCAUGCCAGACAAGCAUGACAAACUUGCAUUCUUCCAGACCCAGACAUUUUUACACUUGAUACAGCUCGUGUGCGCCCGAAACAACCAACUCGCCCUAUCAGAAGGAAAAAUCCCCCCUCCCCAUAUCGAAAUGGAAAUCUGUGAUGCAGGAUUUGAGGUACCAAAUUGACUUGUCAUGCUAGAAGGCCAAGAGCCGCAGUCGUGGUCUCGUUUGCAGGCAAUUUGUCAUGCUGUUUCCCACUCUCAGCUGCCUCCUGUCAUGCUGAAGAUGCAAGGCUCCCCCACGCCACCCAGCACUACAGUCCGCAUCUUUUCCCGUGUAGCAUGACAAAGCUGAUUUGUGACAACAAAUCUGCAUCACAGAUUUCAGUUUUGAUAUGGGGAGGGGGGAUUUUUCCUUUUGAUACGCCCUGGACGUGGAAGUCACUGCCGACGCGAUUGGGCACAGCGAGCAGACCGCCUCGGCGAGUGGCGUAAUUUUAGACUUGAUCCAGGAGAAACCGGCGGAGCUGGCGCGAAAAGAGCGGAAGCGGUCUCUCUCUCGCGACGCGCGCCGAAUCUCGCACCGGUCGGUACCAGCGCGGGACCGACACGGUGCGCAGAACACCGAGAUUUCAUCCCGCGCGUAUGACAGUGCACAACUCCACCCCCUCCCCCGCAUUUGUAUAGCAUGAGUGGCAAUAAGAGCAUCAGCAAGAGUGCCGGUUCUGCAUGACAAUUCUGCACUGGAGUGUAGUGCUAUUUGGGCUAGUGCCAGAACUUGUCAUGCAAACAGCGCCAAGAGGCAAGGGGUGGAUUGGAUAUUUUGCACGACAAACUGUGAUCGACGAUUACCAGUUGUGUCGCUGGUCCUGUGCCAGUCGUGGGGCAUGUUCGGGUGUUCCGGGCAGUGCUCAGUGCACCCCUCGGACCCCGCACCCCCCCGGGAUUUAGUUGCGCAGUCUGUUAAGCAUGACAAAUAAGGGGGAGGGGGAGGUGUGCACUGUCAUAGCGCGCGCAGACGUAACAUGAGAGAGGACCGGUCCCGAGAUCCGCCACCGCAAAGAGCGAUGCGCCCUUCAAGGGCGGCCGAUGUUGAAACCACAGCUCCGGCUGCUGCUGGCGGUACUAGUACUUCCUCGACGGCCAGGGGCCUACCGCCGCCCGCCGCGCUGCUCGCGCUCAGCACCGCGGGGGCGGCUGCCGGCACGAGGUACUUAUCAAUAAUUAAAGUACUUACCCACAGACAGUUUCUACGGGCGAUUUUUCUCAACAAGCUGAGAAUGGCAUAUAUCAGUUCAUUUUUCAGACCGUUCAGAAGAAAUUCAGUUCAGAAGAAAUUCUUCUUGCAGAAGAUAGAGGUCAUGAGACUCAUAGGAAAAAAUGAAGAAAAUUCGAAAGAGUAAAUGAAUACUAUCGUGCAGGCCCGGCUUUUACCCACCUACCGGGACGAGCACUUCUAUCACCAGCCCGCCGGCACCAGUCGGACCCGGAGCGGUAUUAAACUCCUCGGACGGAGAAGAACUUCAGCCACGACGAACUACACCGGUGAAGAUUAUUCGGACCUUCGAAGCUACCCUGCAACUCCCCGGCAGUGCGGGCACGGAGACGUUUGAAUUUACCGAAGAAGAGAUGGAGAGCAUGACGGUGAAAGACCUGCGCGACCGACUCUCCGCUCGGCUGCGCGGGGAAGUGGUCAGGAGGGGCAGUAGUGACAGCCACGGGGUGGAAACGAGAGUCUACUCGGACAGAAUAAAGCAGUCGGCCCUGAAACGCAUGCAGUUUGAGGAGGUUUCGCGGCAGUAUAGCAGUAAAAUAAAUGCUUCGUCGAGUGUGGUAGGUGCAGGCGGGGGCAAGAAUGCGAAGAAUCAACACAAUCAUUCGCGCACCGUCGACGCAGCAAACGCCGAAGCGGCCGAGGCCUUCCUGGAGCAGUUCCACCAUUAUGCGCCCAGGGAGGAGGAAGAAUACGACAAAGCCAUUGCCGCGGGGCGCACUGACGUGCCAAAGCCAAAAAUGAUUCGGUAUGAAAAUUUUUACUUUCAAGCAAAUUUUCUCGCGUCGUGUGAGAAUUGAUUGUGAACCUUUGAGGUUGUAGUUGAUACUCUAGUAUCAGUACGGAUAAUCUUCUGUGCUAGAAGUUGCUUCGGAAGUUGUAGUAGAUAACGCUAGAUUCGUGAAGAAGAAGAAGAAGAAGAGGCAUAUCCUGAUCAUCCUCUUUGGAUCACGAUUUAUUUCUUGCUACAUAAAUUUAAAUACACCAGGCUCGAGCUUUUGAAGGAACGAUGGCAGGACAAGCUGUGGCAGUUUUUCCAGCCUGAUCGACUGCACUUGCUGCACGAGAGGUUCGAUAUCAAAUGUAAAAAUGUCUGGGUCUGGAAGGUUGGAGCUUGUGAUGCUAACUCUGGACUCUAAAAAAAUCUGUAUUGCAUGAUCAGCGAACAGGAGUCUAGUUUGUGCUACACGGGGCGGGCAUUUUUUGUCAUGCGGAAUCGGCAUCAGGAAGCCCUCUAAAAAUCUGUGAUGCUAGGUCAUGCAUUACAGACAUCCUGGGUCAUGCAAAAUAUGCAUGACAAACCCAGCAAUCUUCCAGACCCAGACAUUUUUGCAGUGAUAAUCGAUCCAAACACGCAAAAGCUGGUGAAACACGAAAUCAAAAAAACCGCGGAGAUAUGGAUUGCAAAAAUGUCUGGGUCUGGAAGAUUGCCAGGUUUGUCAUGCAGAUUCUGUAUGAUCCAUGACGCCUGUGAUGCAUUAUCUAGCAUCACAGAUUUUUAGAGGGCUUCCUAAUGCCUAUCCCGCAUGAGAAAUGCCGUCUGCGCGUAAGACAAACUGGACUCCUGUUGCUGGUCAUGCAAUGCAGAUUUCUUUGGAAUCCAAAGACAGCACUACAAGUUCCAACCUUCCAGACCCCGACAUUUUUACAGUUGAUAGGAGAAGCGACUGCGAGACUUCGUAGCAUUUGACAAGCCACCGGUGGUGGUGAACAAAACCGAUGAGGCCGCUGACGAGGGCGACGUCACCACGGAAAAGUUCUUUCUGCAAACCAUUUUCGUCGAUUGGGGGCGGUUUCGGCUCAAGCUCGUACCUGCCGACAUGACGCCGGAGGUCCGGAUAUCCUGUGUAAAGUAGACGAGUGCCCACCCAAAAUCUUUUUCAUGCAAAUGUUGUUCUGCAUGUGCCUGAAGUUGUGUUUCUUCUGCGCAGGCCGGUGAGGAUAGCCUUUCCCUUUUCUCAUGCUAAGUAUCUGGGAGCUGGUUGUCACUAUGCUGCAAGAAGCGUCGGGUGAGCGAUUCGAAGAUGCGGCUGGUGCACUGACGCUAGCUAAACACGAUGAGGCUCCUGCGAUCCAAAUGUUGUCCUGCGGAAGAGCCAACACAUGAGGUUGUUGAUUUGCAUAUUACAGGAAGGUCCCCAUCAUAUUAGGUGAGUCUGGUGCAACAAAGUGGGCGACGUUUUUGCACAGGAUACGCUAACCAGUUGAAAAAGCGACGCGAGAGCUUGCUCUGGGGAAAAAACUCUCACAUGUCGCACUUCCAGGCCAUGCGGAUCCUGCAGGAAUUCCCCGAGCUUUUGGUUCCCGAUAGUUCAUCGUCCACCGGGGUGGAAAUUACGGAGGAGAAGUUGGAAGAAAAAGUGAGGGAGCUGAACACCUCGCUGGACCCAGUCACAAAGGAGCGGGACGAGAAACGAGUUUUGCUGAAAAAAGCCCUGUCUGACUGGAAAACCGUCUUGCACCCCGGCUACCAGCAGGUGUCCCGGCAGCACAGAACUCACAGAACUCCGCAAGUGCAACAACUGCUGGACGCAAAGUACCGACUGCCCAAAUCGCUGCACGAGUGGCUGCUGACGACCAAUCAGCAAGGGAAGAAGACCUGGAGCCAACUCGCGCUAAACAACAUCUUUUCGGACAUCCACGCGACGCAAAAAGUGUUCAUGCGACGAGGUGGUGGAGGACAAGCACAGGGGGCGUCGUCAUCUCAUAAUAGUAGUAAUUUUCAGGGCGGUGGUGCAACUAGUAGUUCCUCGGUCGCAGGAGCUGCUGGCUCAAUGGGACACCAAGCGGGUGGUCGCCGGCUGCCCACUGCAGAGCCGGACGAGGAAUCCGAGCCGAUGGCGACAACAGGAGGGGUUGUUGCCGCGGCGUCUGCGGCACAACAGUCCGCUCCCCCGUCGGGAUCUCACAAGAGGUCCAAGUCUGCGAAGCGGCGCAGUCGGGAACAGAACGCGAAAAGGCGUUCGAAGGAACAGGUAUCGCAAAACGCAGAGGAGGAAAGUAGAAGUGGAAGAAGCGCAAUGUCAAUUUCAUCUGCUCCUUCGACUUCGAGGCAAGAGCCGGAUAACAACUCGGAAGAAACCGCCACCCCGGAGGAGGUUCUUGCCAUGGAAGUAGAUGAACAAGAUGUUGGUGCAAGAACAGACAAAAACCGGACCGGGACUGCCAAUGCGCAGCAAAGGGCGUCUCGGCCGCGCGGAAGGGAACCCGUACGAGCGACAGGAGCAGCUUCGUCCCAACAGCAGCAACUUGUAGCUCCUCCCGUGGAAGUUGUAGAUGAUGAUGCUGACGACGACGAUAAAAACGACACACCACAGCAACAAGCACACGAAGAACAACUACAUCAACCUCGUUCAUCCGCCUUGACAGCAGUAGACCAGCUGAGAGCACAUUUGUUCGCGAUGUGGCAAAAGGAGAAGCCGGAAUCUCUACUCGUAGAAGCGGAGAAGGUACUGCAUCCGUGGAGCGAAAAGUUUAUGCACUGCAAAAAUGUCUGGGUCUGGAAGGUUGGAAGUUGUCAUGCUAAAUCUGAAUCAUGCAAAAAUCUGUGCUGCAUGAUUACCACAUGCUGUCCCCUUUUGAUCAAGUUCAGAGGCAGUUUCCCAUGCAGGAUAGGCAUGAUAGUUAUCUCACGGAAUCUGUCAUGCUAGGUCCCGCAUUCCAGACCUCAUGGGUCAUGGAAAAUCAGCAUGACAAGUUUACAUUCUUCCAGACCCAGACGUAUUUGUUUUUCAUAGAGCUGGGCGGCCUGCAAUACGAGGAGGACGUCGCAGAUUGGCAGGAGUGGGUAAGAGAGGUGCUCUACGAACCCAGGAAACAGAAGGUGAAGCAGGAGAAAAAACAAAAGAAAGGGAGUGCAGCUGCCGCAACUGCAGGAGGAAGUAGUAGCAUUGGCAAGUAUCAGGACGACGGUAAUAAUGUUGAUAUCCUGUGCAAAUAAAGCAUGGCACUGGUGUGGAAGGUCGCAACUACUACCCUGAAUGUUGACAGUAAUGUACUUUCCAUUAUACCGAGGUAUGCUUAUGCAUGGAUCAAAUUUUGGGCAUGGAAAUUCUAUUUUCUUUCUAUCAUGAUGGAAGAGCCCUUGUCAUGCGAGUUUGCCUUAGUGCGUUGCUUUUGCUUUUGCGAUGCAUAAACGGCAAUGACCAGCAACUCGAAGCGGAAAAAGCCUACUUGAAGGAGGUGCUGAAUGUUGCGUCAAAACUGAAGAAACAGCUGCCGAUGCGAAGUAAGUUUCUGAUUUCCAUAUGAGAAAAAUUGUCUUAUUUUCAACCCGUCUUUCGGGAUAAGUUGCCCCUUUUAAUACGUGGCCUUUGUUCCUGUCAUCGAUUUGAUAGAUACAGAGCUUUAAAAAUAUUUUGUGCAUGAUCUUCUUCCCGUUCAUCUUGGAAGGAAGUUCUUCUCCUGGUGCUCCGAAAAAUUGAUAUAAAUCUAUCUAUCAGGGAGUAGAUCGCAAGCCCGCUCGAAAUCCCGGGAUCGGGGUGUAGGUCCGGAGCGAGGUGGUCGCAAUCCGCGGGAGCCGUCACGAGGUCGCGUGGCGCAGCGAGAAAGAGCAGAAAGACGGCAGAUGCAAGAAGAACAAGACGCAGAAGAUGACGCGGUAUGUUUUUUUCGGUUGGAGUGCAACUCGAAGAACUUUUUGCGCCACAUUAUGACAAAUAAAAAAGAUCCUUUUUGUUCCAUCAGGAGAAAUAAAAGCUAAACCGCACAAUACUAUAAACACAAAGGUUCUCGACGCGGCCGAAGCGCAGGCAGCACAGGAACGCACUGGGACUUUUGCACCGAGGGCGCUCUUGCAGAAAGUUGGUGGUUGGUUCGGUAACUUAAGAGGUGGCGGAACUGACGACAGUAGUCGAGGAGGAAAUCUUCCUGCGCCGUAAUUUUGUAGAUUAAGAGUUCCGCGACGAGUGGUUGUUCAGGGUCUUGCUUUUUCAAAAUGAUCUAUAAUCAUUCUACUGAAUUGCAAAUCUAGCAGGUUGCGCAGCUGCUGUGACGAGCAAACGCGCAGCGAUAUAGUUACGAUAAGAUUUUUAAACUUGAAAGCAUGCGCAUACAAAAAUGCACAAGCGUCUUAAUACAACUUUUACAACAAUGAACGAGAGGGAUAAAAAUGAGAAAGAUACUGUAGCUGUAAAGGAUACAAGCACAACAUCAACAAUGAACCGCGCUACUAGAAGAUGAACCGCACGGGAUCAUCAUCAUUCUGCAGUAGUGCUCUGCUUGCUACUCGAGCUGCUGGGCAGAAUUUUUAGGAACACUAUCACUGCCCUAAAUUCAAGGAGCGACGACCAAGGCGGUGAGCUAUGCAUAUGAUAAGUACAACCAUAAGUCUGACGAAGGGAAAGAGCCACCUGCUGGCGCCCAUGCCUCUUGGGCUCAUCAUACGACGUCAGAGGUGAGGUGAGGCCACUUGCAUCUUCAGGUAGUUUUUUUUUAUCUGCAGGCUUGACUUCUUCUUGUAGAAGACAGUCAGCCAGAGUCUGUUUAAGUACUAGACUACCUUCGUCAAUAUUGCUUUUCUACGCACAGCAUGUCUUCCAUAAACACCUUUUUGGUUUUUCUCCGUUAUUUAUGUUUUUUGUCUGAGAAUUUAGCAAAGCCCCUGAAGUAGGAAAACAGCACUGGCCACGCGCCAGUUAAGAAUAAAGAGGUACGUCAAGAACUGCUCAUCAUAAAAUUAUUUGCAUCUAUUUUGCGCGCUUGCACGUGCAUUGGAUUUAUGAGGUUUUUAGUACAAAAAAUCAGAACACGGUGUAGCUCCAUCAUUUUUGUUGCGAAGCAUGCGAAACGUAUUUUUCUGUGCUCAAGAUAAAGAUGAAGAUGAACCACUUCAUCAACUUUCAGGUUUCACCUUGCGAAAAGAAAAUUGCAGACAGAUCGUGGUGGCGCCGUUCUUGCAUUUUUGCUACGCAGGGCUUCUACUAUGAU